CUACUGGCCUUGUUCGGCAUGGCACUCUUCACGUUCCUCAUCCUUGGAGGCCACCGCUCCAUAGACGGACAACCCUCGCCGAUACAGCAAGCAAAGCUGAACACACAGGGAGGAGGGUCAAGCGGCGCCGUGCUCACAGGGCAUGCGAUAGCUCCCAAGCUGGGCAACGCGACGGCAAAGGCCGAGCUCGGUCGCGCAGCAUGGAAAGUGCUCCACACGACGUUCGCCCGCUUCCCUGAAAAGCCGACCGAAGAAGAGAAAGAAGCCUUGCGGUCAUACGUACACCUGUUCCAGCGCUUAUACCCCUGCGGAGAAUGCGCCGAGCAUUUCGGAAAGGUGCUGGCCAAAUACCCUCCCCAGGUCUCGUCGCGGUCGGCAGCUGCCAUGUGGGGCUGCAUGGUACACAACAUCGUCAAUAAGCGGCUUAAGAAGCCGGAAUUCAACUGCGAAGACAUUGGUGACGCGUAUGACUGCGGGUGUGGUGAUGAUGAG